AUGCUCCUGGCUGUUUUGUACUGCCUGCUGUGGAGUUUCCAGACCUCCACUGGCCAUUUCCCUCGAGCCUGUGUCUCCUCGAAGAACCUGAUGGAGAAGGAAUGCUGCCCACCGUGGAGCGGGGACAGGAGUCCCUGUGGCCAGCUUUCAGGCAGAGGUUCCUGUCAGAAUAUCCUUCUGUCCAAUGCACCACUUGGGCCUCAAUUUCCCUUCACAGGGGUGGAUGACCGCGAGUCGUGGCCUUCCGUCUUUUAUAACAGGACCUGCCAGUGCUCUGGCAACUUCAUGGGAUUCAACUGUGGAAACUGCAAGUUUGGCUUUUGGGGACCAAACUGCACAGAGAGACGACUCUUGGUGAGAAGAAAUAUCUUUGAUUUGAGUGCCCCAGAGAAGGACAAAUUUUUUGCCUAUCUCACUUUAGCAAAGCAUACCAUCAGCUCAGACUAUGUCAUCCCCAUAGGGACCUAUGGCCAAAUGAAAAACGGAUCAACACCCAUGUUUAACGACAUCAAUAUUUAUGACCUCUUUGUCUGGAUGCAUUAUUAUGUGUCAAUGGAUGCACUGCUUGGAGGAUCUGAAAUCUGGAGAGACAUUGAUUUUGCCCAUGAAGCACCAGCUUUUCUGCCUUGGCAUAGACUGUUCUUGUUGCGGUGGGAACAAGAAAUCCAGAAGCUGACAGGAGAUGAAAACUUCACUAUUCCAUAUUGGGACUGGCGGGAUGCAGAAAAGUGUGACAUUUGCACAGAUGAGUACAUGGGAGGUCAGCACCCUGCAAAUCCUACUUUACUCAGCCCAGCAUCAUUCUUCUCCUCUUGGCAGAUUGUCUGUAGCCGAUUGGAGGAGUACAACAGCCAUCAGUCUUUAUGCAAUGGAAUGCCUGAGGGACCUUUACAGCGUAAUCCUGGAAACCAUGACAAAUCCAGAACCCCAAGGCUCCCCUCUUCAGCUGACGUAGAAUUUUGCCUGAGUUUGACCCAAUAUGAAUCUGGUUCCAUGGAUAAAGCUGCCAAUUUCAGCUUUAGAAAUACACUGGAAGAGACGGGAUUUCUCCAUAUUGGCUGGGCUGGUCUCAAACUCCUGACCUCAAGAGAUCCCCCACCUUAG